UUCCCCGGAAUGUUGUUACCGUACUUAGCUGGAUUUUAUUGUGUGUUCAUGUCUGUGUUGUAAUUCAACUUAUGCUGACUUAUUAUUUUGGCGAUACGGCUCACCACCUAUCACGCAUGUUGGGCGGCGCAGGCUCGCCGGGCGGUGACGAGCUGCUGACCGUCACCAUCCAGCGAGAUGAGCACGGCUACGGGAUGAAGGUCUCCGGCGACAACCCAGUGUACGUGCAGUCAGUGAAGGAGCACGGCGCCGCGUGGCGAGCUGGCCUGCGCGCCGGUGACAGGAUCCUGAAGGUGGGAGCCGUGCCCGUGCUGCAUCACACGCACCAGCAGGUGGUGCACAUGAUCCGAGCCAACCCGACGACCGUCCUGACAGUACAGCAGAACACCUCCCGGCACAAGACUCCUAUCACCGCGCCUGUGCCUGUCAAUCCGGAGAAGCAGCGCCAGCUGGAGGUGUCCAAGGUGCACACAGUCCGGCUGAUGUUGGAACAAGAACAGAAGUACAUCAGAGAGUUGCGCAAUGAGUUGUCAAAAGUUCCCGACGUGCGGAAACAAGCCCAGCUGGAGUCGGCCGAGCAGCGGUGCUCGAUACUGCAGCAUGAGAUUGACACCAUCAUGGCGGGACAGCCGGAGCCGCCUUCAACCCCGCGUCUCCGCGCCAAGACCAGCCUGGACAAGAGCAUACUAGACAAGACUGGUUUAGACAGGACCAGCUUAGAGAAAGCAUCGCCCCCCGGUGGCUUCCUCAGCGGGUUGCCACGCUCGCUCAGCAACCUCACAGGACAGAGCCUCCGCAACCUCCGACAACGACAAAACAAGCAGCAAGAAAACCAACCACCCCUAGUCCGACAGAACUCCGACGACAACACCAAACGGAGACACGUCCACAACAACACCGUCCCCAUGGUACCCACCACCUGUUUAGACAACGUCACCCCCCCUCCUCUACCCCCCCGGUCCACAGAGCGACCGAAAAGGAACCCUCUGAGCCCCACGAUCAGUCCCCCCUUGAACCCCCUAGCGAAACCCAAGCCUUGUACCUCAGCAUCGCCUGUUCACAACCAGUAUUAUAAACCGAGAUACAAUGAGAAGAACGCUCAAUUUCCGAUGCACCAGUCGAUGCCGGCGUACAACGAUAACGCGAGCAAAUUGAGGAGGUCUUCGCAUUCGUUGGACGGCGAACUGGACGGACCGCAACCGAAUUCGAUCGCGUUGCAAAUGAGUUAUCCGUUGGUUAACGCGCCGCCGCCGCCGCUGCAGACGGACAACCGAGGUAACGUGCCUGUACUGCAUGUCAGGAGUCAGUCUUCGCCGGAGCAUUUGGAUCAUGAGCUUCCUAGGCCGGGCCCGCCGCUGGACAAGGAGGCGUGGUCGCGCGGCACGCCGCCGCCCGGGACGCCGCCGCCGCCAUACGCGCACAACACGCAGCCAUGCGCCGAUCCCCAACGAGCCAUCAUAUCAAUGGAGGAGGACGACUCACCUGCUUCUGACAACUCGACGUACUCGGGGCUGUUCUCAAAUCUUCGUUCCGUACGAGAAUCCAAGGCGAGGACGGCCGUGCUGCUCAACUGGCUGCUGGGAGAGAGGAGGUGCGCCUGCGCCGGGCUGCUGCUGGUGCUGACGGACGGGUACCGCGGCGCGGGCGCCGUGCCGCCCGCCACGCUGCGGCGCUGGGCCUACGAGAUACAGUCCACCUUCCUCAUGCCCAACGCGGUGUUACAACUAAACGGUGUUGACGAAAAUAUGGCGAAUGAAAUAGAACAUGUUUUAGUUAAUGAGCACGACAAGGAGGAACUCCUGCGCAACGUGUUCCGCAAGGCGCGACAGAAAGCCAAGGAGGAGCUGAGUCAGCAGCUCAGCGAGUUCCAGGUAAAGCGACAGGUCGGACUCGCCUCACUGUACGGGCCCGAAGACGCCGUUAUUGAGAAGUGCGACGUCGAUAAGGCGCAGGAGCAGGUGGUGGUGGAGCGCGUCAUGUGCGCUCGGCUGGGCAGCCUGGCGGCCGGCGGCGGCUGCGGGGGGCACGCGGGGGGCGCGGGGGCGGGGGCGGGGGCGGGGGAGCACGAGGCGCACAACGCGCUGCUGGCCGCGCUCAUAGCCGCCGCGCUGUGUCUGCACUGCAGGCCGGCGUCAGUAGCGGCCGCUGUGGGCGGUCAACGCGCGUCCUUCCUACAACGAGAUAAGCUGUAUAAACAGCGGACCAAGCAACUAGCGAAGCAGCACCCACAGCCGUUCGUGGUCCGCGGCCACCACCUCCAACUGCAGGCGCUCACCUCAGUCGGCCACUGCCAUCACUGCGACAAUGUUAUCUGGGGUCUCGCACCUCAGGCCUAUGUUUGUACCGAUUGCAAGCUCCGCGUGCACCGCGCAUGCGCCAAGUCAGUAGAAGAAGGUUGCUGCCUCGAUGGAGAACAUCACAAUAACCGCAUCUCGCGGUUUAUGGAGCGCAUACACCCCAACCCGCCUAACAGUCAAGAUUCGAGUGACAAGAAAUCGCGCAAGGCGUCGAACACGGGGCAUUUCCUCAACAUGGAGCGAAGUUUCCGCAAGAUGGAGGACGAGCAGCCCUGGGACCAGACCCUCACGCCAGCCUCAGCGCAAGGAGAGCCUCGCCGGGAGGGCUCGACGGAGGACACGGCGGCAGUCGACGUCGACGCAGACGCCGAUGUGCCCGCGAAAGAUGCACCCGACAAGGAUAACAACUGGCGUGCGGCGGGCGCCCGCGGCGUCAACCGCGCGGAGUCGUGCCGCGAACGGGACGCGCCCCGCCGCGGCAAGCAUCGCAACGCCAGCGACCCCAACCGGCUCACCGCCAUCAACCACACUGACUUGGAGCCGGGAGCGGCCACAGCUCCGUCUGGCAGUUCGAGCAGCUCGAGCCUGUCUUCACGGAGCAACGAGAGCAACACCGUUGCCGCUGAACAGCAUGCAUCAGCCUCGGACGUGUCUGAUGAGGAGGAGCCGCUGGCGGCGCAGUGGGCGGAUUCGCUGCCGCCGCGCGCGCUCGACGCCCUCACGCUCAGCUCGCGCCUGCGCAAGCGACAGGAGUUCAUACACGAACUAAUAGUAUCAGAAGGCUCGCACGUCCGCUGGCUCAAAGUCCUUGGAGGAGUAUUCCUCCGCCCCUUGGAGUCCGCCCCGUCGCUGCUACCGCCGGACGAGCUUCGCGCGCUGUUUCCCAACCUGCCCGGCGUGAGGGAGCGCCACUGCAAGCUCUACGCAGACCUGAGAGGACUACGCACCUCCGCUACCAACCACUACGUGCACAUCAAGCCGGUGGCCGACGCUAUGCUAACCACGCUGGGUGACUCAGGCUACGCCCCCUGUCUCGCGCGUUUCUGCCGCGGACAGCGCAUGGCGCUCGACUCUCUGAAGGAACGACGACGCAAGAAUAAGGAGUUACACCAGUUCCUCAUAGCCAGGGAACAGAUGCCGCUCUGUGGGAGGCUGCAGCUGAGAGAUCUGCUGGCUUGCGUGUGGCAGAGGUUAACGAAAUACCAGCUCCUCCUGGAGGGUAUCCUGAAGACGGUGGUAGAAGGCGAGUGUGAGGGAGAGGAAGACAGUCCAGAGGACUCUAUAGUAUUGAAGAGAGCGCUCGACGUGGCCAAGGAUGUGCUGCACACUGUCGACACUGCUAUACGCACUGCUGAGAAUGAACACCGAUUACGCACGAUCCAGAGCAAGCUGGAGAUCCGUAUCCCGAUGUCUGGUAGCGAGUGGGAGGAGCCUCGCCGGCUGGACCUCACCGCGCACACCCUGCGUAUGGAGGGCGAGCUGGGGAUUAGGAACGACUCUAACAAAAAGAUGAAUGUACUGGCGCUCAUGCUGGAAGACUGCCUGGUACUGCUACAGCGUGAGGGAGACAAGUUUAUCCUGAAGCCGAUCACGCAGCCCAGCCAGCAGGGCCUGCUAUCGCCGCUUGUUAAAUGGGAUCGCGUGCUGUUCCGACCGAACGCGGCGGUCCGCAAUGCAUUCUUCCUGAUGAACAUCAACGGAAUACAGAUGCACGAACUGUCCGCCAACACCACUGCCGAGUACACCACCUGGGUCCGCCACAUGGAGGAGCUACCGCUAGCCAAGCCGGAGCUCAUCAAGCCCACACUCACUCCCUCGCAUCAACCCAGCCGCUCCACAGACGACUCCGGUAUAAACGUCUCCAGAAAUCCAUCAGAUGCAUCAGAGAAGUCAACGUCAAGCGUUCCAGACGAAGAGACAGAAAGAGAUAGAGUGAGCGUGGAGCGUGUGAGUGCGAGCGAGAAGGAGAGAGUUUCCAUGGAGAGGACUGAAGAAAGGGAGAAAGAGGAGAAGAGAUCCAGUGAGAGAGAUGAGCGACCGUCGUUGGAUAAAGAGGAGACUACCGAUCGGGAGGAUCGGCACAAGCCCCGGCGCCCCACGGUGGGCCGCAUCAGCACGCACGGCGCCGCCCCCCCCCCGCUGCAGCCCCCCGCCGCCCGCAGCGUGCGCCCCCCCGCCGCCUGCAUGGCGCACACCGCGCGCCGCGUCUACACGCAGCAGGAGCGGCUCCGCCGGCUAGACGAAGCCAUCUCCCGCGGCCUAGUGGCCAAGAACGUCAUCGUGUCUCAGCUGCUGGACAUACCGCCCCCGAACUACCCGCACAUGUCUGAACUGGCCGUGGCUGACACGUUGGGACAAGUUGACGUCCGCGGCGAACUGCAGGCGGCGUUGCCCGGCGGGGGCGGGGGCGGGGGCGGGGGCGAGGAGGCCGCGCCCGACAUGCACCAGCUGCUGCUGGCCGCACACGCACAAGCCACCCAGCUAAUAGAAAUCCUGAACAGCGCGUUGUCAGUGGACGAAGUAGGCACCGUGGCCGCACGAGUCCGCGGCACCUGCGACAACUGCAGGACACGACCGCAUGCUGCCGGAAACACUGCGCUCACUGCCCACACUCAUACUGCUCCUAGACGUGAUACUACUGACUCGACAGAAGACAAACUAGAUGACGGCAUAGAAUCGGACGCGGAACGACUAAAUGAGCUGGCGAACGCCGAACUAGAGCAUUACGACAUUUUGAAGGCGGUCGAGCCCGACGCCGAGCAAGCGCUGGGCAGGCCGGCGAGCGCGGCGGCGCUGGCGGGGCGGCUGGCGGGGCCGGCGGGCGGCGUGCAGCUGGCGCUGGCGCGGCUGCUG